AUGCCUUUUGGUGUUUUAGACGANUUAGAUAGUUUGUGUUUGUAUGACUGGGCGUCCUGCGUUCAUAACCACCUAGUUCAAAGCUUAAAUAGUUCAAAGAAGAAGAUAAUGUCGGGAAAAAUAAAGCAUCAACUCAGUCUUAGUGGCAACGUGGCUUGUUUGCAGGCAUGGGCGGUGGAAAGAUUUUCUUUGCACCGGCACACAAGUCACAGGAGGUUCCCACGGAUUAGGAGUUGGCAACCGUUAAAUGCAAGGAAGAAAACAAUAAAAAAAAUAUUGAGGACCGGAGACUUAAAUCUUGAUUGGUAUGUAAGUCGUAUCGAUCGUAAUGAUGCUGAACUGCGUGUUGCAUUGGGUAUUGAUGACAUUGGGUUGUCUAAAGGUGAAGAAUCAAAGGAAAAUGCAUCAAUGAUUCAAGAAUCAGAUGAGGAAAGCACAGACACUUGCACGUGGCUAGCAGAUGCUGAUGUGAUAUUGAAGAAGACCAAUUUUGAAAUAGCGUCUAUUCAUCGUGAGAUUUCUAGGCUAACGAAGGAGGUAAUGAACCUUCGUCAAUUUCCAAUGCAAAACGAAGAAGGUAGAUUCGGUGAACCUGGAGAAGGAGUUGGUGCAGGUGACGAAGAUGUCGAUGUUGGAGAGGAUGUCCACCCUUUAGGGGAAGAAGUACCGGCAGGUGGGGAUGAAGAAGAAGUUGGGGCAGGUGACGAAGAUGUGGUUGUUGGAGAGGAUGACCACCCUUUAGGGGAAGAAGUACCGGCAGGUGGGGAUGAAGAAGCAGGUGGUACACAUGAGGAAGCCGGAACCUCCGAGCAUCGUCAGGAAUUUAUUGAAGUCGAUGAUGAAGUGGACGAUGUUCCGGAAGGAUUGGAACCGCAGGUUGUUGUCCCUCUGCGUAGUUAUGCCGGUUAUCCUAGUGUCUCCGACGUCGAUGUUGAUCGUUUGUACCUUGCAGUUUCUAAUUGGGACACUAAGAGAAGAAUUAGAGUUGUGUGUGAGAUGAUGGGGGCGUUCUUGGACACAAAUUCUAUGCGGACUUUAGGACCGCGUAAAUAUGUUGAUAACUUGGUGGUGUUAUUUGCUACAACGAUGAUGUUGCAAAACCAGAGAAAGUUGACCGGUGUAGUCAAGAGGCUCAUUUUCAAUUUCAUAUAUGCGGUACAGAAACUUGGGCACAGGGAACCCUUUUUUUGCACACAGGGCACCAACUUUGUUUUUUGUGAGAUUUUGACUUGAGGUCAUUGGUGGUCCUUGGAUAUUGAUUGGGAGUAGUUAGGGGAGUGUUGGGGUCCAAGUCUCCCACCCUGGUUGGAUGGUUUUGUUGGUAGAUAGUCAUAAGAUCAAUUUCAUUGCAAAACAGCAGCUGGUAAUCGUUUACAAGGCUGUGUAAACGAUUACGCGAGUGAAAUGAGGAAUUUGUACAGAAACUUGGGCACAGGGAACCCUUUUUUUGAACACAGGGCACCAACUUUUUAAACACAGGGGACCGAGCGUAAUUAAUGUCAUAGAUAGAAAUCAUUUAAAUGUGAAAGCAAAGUCCAACAUCCAACAUUGGUUUAGGAUAUCUUAAUGCAUAAUAUUACAAAAUACAGGCAACUGAAACAUACAAAAUAUGGAGAUUAACUUGUUAAAGUUGCCAUAAUAGCAUCUUACAGUUAUCCAUAGAUAGUAAAAGUUCAUAAGCCUAACAGAAAUACAUAAGAAAAGAUAGCAUAAUUUGACUAAUUGGUGGCUGGUUCUGUGGACGUU